CAUUUUUUCAACCUAAAAAUGUAGACAAAGCUAUUGAAGCUGCUAAACAAGUUGAGAAACAAUUAUCCUUAAACUAUACAACUUUCUUUAAUGCAUUAUUUGCAAAACUUGAAGGAAAUCCUGAAAAAAAACAGUUAAAAGAUGAUAGAAAUCUUACAAAAGAAUGUAUGUUUGAGAAAAUUGUAUAUCAAAAGAAAUCUAAUAAAAGAGAAGCUAAUUAUAUUAGAGUUUAUACUGAUAAAGUAGAAAGGAAAAGACAAUCAGAAUCCAAAAGAGAAUUAAACUUGAAAAGUAGAAAGCCUAAUGAUGAAUUUAUGAAAGUAGAGUCUUUACAAAUUGUUACUCUAACUUUUAAAAGAAAGUUAAAUAAGGACUAA